AUGUCUUCAGCAUUCGACUUGUUACCUCCAGAUUGGGAGGAUGACUUUCCUACGUCAGGCCCAUUGAUUCCAGCUCUGCAGGGUGGAACGUUGAAUCUUCCCGCUAUCGUCUACGGAGCGGGUGCCUUUUCUAAUCAGUACAAUACCGACGACCAUCUCGCGAGUGAAACGCCAUUGCGCACUAUCCGACUGGCCCUGCGCUAUGGAAUACGCACCUUCGACACGUCUGUUUACUAUGGCCCCUCGGAAAUUGUUCUAGGAAACGCCCUACAUGCUCUUCAUGAAGACUUCCCUCGUUCAUCGUACCAAAUAAUGACUAAAUGCGGUCGAUAUGGUACUUCGACAUUUGAUUACUCACCUGCCACAAUUCGAGAAAGUGUCAAGCGUAGCUUGGACCGAUUAAAGACCGACUACCUGGACACUGUAUAUUUGCACGACGUCGAGUUCGUUUGCACUACAUUUGCACCACGGACAACUGGCCACCACGUCGCAGCGCUCAAAGAAGACGCAGCCGCGUACGGUUUGGCGAUGGAAGAUAAAGCGACAGUUAGAGGCGAAGGCGAUCAGAAGAUUUUGGAUGCUUUUCAUGAAUUGCAAGCUCUUAAAAGUGAAGGCUUGGUCAAGAAUAUCGGUAUCACAGGUUUCCCUUUACCUACCUUGUUGCGCCUGGCCAUCUUGAUCCUUCAUACCGCGCCAUUCCAGCCAGUCGACGUUCUGCUCUCCUACUCGCAUCUGUGCCUCCAAAAUUCGACCUUCCUCGAGUUCAUCCCUCAUUUUUAUGAACGCGCAAAAGUCGGGCAACUCCUUGCAGCCUCUCCGCUUAGCAUGGGCCUUCUUACAAACAAUCCUCCUUCCUGGCAUCCUGCUCCUCCUCCCUUACGGCAGGCUGUGGUUGACGCGUCCAAAACUUGGAGUGGAGACUUUCCUAGUCUCGCUGUCGGGUAUUCCAUAAGCCACACCAGCUUCGAAGAGAGGCCCCUUCCUUUGGUACUCGGCUUUAGCACACCAAGAGAGGUUCACGAAGCCGUAAAAGUGUGGAGAGAAAUACAAGAGGGAACCAGCAAGGAAGCGCGAAGAAAGGGCGAGGAGCGAGUCCGUGAGGUGUUCAAGAAUGCUGGAGUAACAUCCCAAGUGAAUGCAAAUCUUGAAGUACGGUUGAUGAGCAUAACGGCGUUCGGCUGCCAACCUCUGAGGGAGAGGAUGGGCGUAGAUGGCUUGAUCUUGCUGGAUAACACCGGGCGGCCAAUUAUUCAAUCAGGCUUCAGGUCAACUUCUCCUGCGUACCCGCUCAUUCACGUAGAGGCUGUCAACGACGCACUUUCCAAGGCUGCACACCUCGGCGACGUCGACCCAGUCGUCUAUGUUCCUGCAUAUACCAUCAGCGAUGCACCAACAGCCUGUUGCCAUGUCCUGCACGCAGACAUAAGGAUUCUAUGUCCAAUCAGUGGCAAUGUGGAUCCGCUUUUCGGAUUUGCCUUCCUACAGACGUUCGUGGAUCUCCUGCAAGAAUAUUUUGGGACGUUGUCCGCAGAGAGUCUGAAGGACAACUUUGACGUGGUGUAUCAGCUACUGGAGGAGACAUUGGACUCUGGAGGCCACCCGUUGACAACGACGCCAAACGCUCUUCGAGAUAUCGUUCUGACACCUUCGCUCCUCAACAAGCUUCUGAGUGUGGCCGGGGCAAAUAUCAGUUCUACGAUUAACUCCGGAUCAGGCCUGGGUGCUGGUGGACCUUUUUCAUCGCCUAUACCAUGGCGCAAAGCAGGACUCAGAUACUCGAGCAACGAAAUAUAUUUCGAUGUCGUCGAGGAGUUGAAAGCUGUUGUCAACAAAAAUGGCGUUGCUCUCUCCAAUAAUGUUUUUGGCAAAAUCGAGACCAAUUGUCGAUUAUCAGGAACUCCCGAUUGUUCGCUGGCUUUUACAAACCCCAAUGUCCUCGCCGAUUGCGCGUUCCAUCCAUGCGUCAGACUACAGCGAUGGGCACAGAACAAGACGUUUUCUUUCGUACCUCCAGAUGGAAAAUUCAUAUUAGUUGAAUACCGCUACUCGCCCAGUUCAGCAAUUCUUCGUGCUUCGGCACCUUCAGCAACCGCAGCACCCCCUGUAACGAAUGCCACACGAGAUGGCGUUCCGAUACCCUUCGUCAUGAAGGCGAAAAUAGAAGUCGAGGACAACAGUGCCUCUUUCGAUAUCACAUUAACCUCACGCCUAACUACGCGCCCUCUUGAGAACCUUGUCAUCGACUUUAACCUCGGAAAAGAGGCUUCGGGGAUCAAGUGCAUAGCCGCCCGAGGGACGGGUGGUUUGGGAAGAGGAGGCACCAAUGGUCUGGAUAUGGGCCAUGGAGGAAACAGUGGUGCUUCUUGGGCUUUCGAUUCCAGGAAAAAGGACUCAUAUAUGGCAAAUGCAGAUCCUGCGAUGGGAGAUCCACAACGUGCCAUCCUCGAGUAG